ACCUGCUCACACGCGCACGCACACACACGCACACACACACACACACACACACACGCACACACACAGAGGAAUGAGAUGUGGAGUGUUGCUAUGAAGGAGGCGGAUCUACAUGAAGGACAGCGCACCAGGGACAACUGUGGUGGAGGAGGGGGACUCACACACAUCGGGACAAGAACAUGACUCGAAGAUGAGCGGCGCUCAGGCUGAGAUAGAAGAGAAGGACUCUCCUCCACCCGAGGAGCUGGAGUGUAAAAUCUGUUACCAACGCUACAAUGCCCACCACCGCCGGCCCAAGGUCCUGGACUGCCUGCACCGGGUCUGCGUCCGCUGCCUCAUCAAGAUCCUGGACAUCGCUGACGGGACGGACUUCAUCUCCUGCCCCUUCUGCAGACACCAGACUGAGGUCUCAGAGUACGAGGUGUCGGCCCUCCCCGACGACGCCAUCAUAAUGUCCCGUUUGGCGAUGCGGGACAAAUCCUGGAGCUCCGACAAGAACAGGGAGGUGCUCCUGACCCCAACGAGUUUCUCCUCCUCCAGCCCGUCUCGCGACUCCUCCAACUGCCUGGUCAUCACCAUAAUGGAAGUGCAGGGGGACUCGCAGCGCUCCCCGACCCGAGACGGCAGCUCCGACGUCUUCGCCGAGCAGAGCCUGGACUCGGUGUCGAUGGGCUCCAACGGGCUGGCGGAUCAGGACGCCCUGUCCAAGUUCUGCAAUCACGUGCCGCGCAUCCUGGUGUGGCUGCUGGGCUUCUUAUACUUUGGCUCGCUGCCUCUGGGAAUCUACCUGCUGGUGAUCCAGAGAGUGACACUGGGCAUUGCUUGCGUUAGCUUGGUGCCGUCGAGCCUGACAGUUUGCCUGGUGUACGGGUUCUGCCAGUGCCUGUGCCAGGGCAUGUGUGACUGUUACUCCCGGGGCUGACGGGGCGGGACAAAGUCGGCUGCAGAGAACAGGCAUUUUGGUGUGUUUUUACCCGUCUGUACCCAUGAUGCCAACACAGAUCCCCGACACUUAACUAACUACUAAUGGACUCAGAGCCCCAGCAGGAUGCGUUGGUUGGAGCGGCGCCCAUAACUACAUUUCUGUAACAUGUUUCUGUCCCUAACAUUCGCUCUGUGCCGUGUGUGUGACCUACUGUGACAUCGUUUAUUCAAGACUGUGUGCCGCCAGAAACCUGCGAUGAGUAUUAACUUUAUACUCCCAGGAUGCUCUUCAGUUAAUUAACAAAUGCCUUUAUGGAUUACUGCUUUACCCCGAUGAAAAAAAAGGAGGGAGAAGUUGUAUCCGACUUUGGACACCACUUGAAAUUAAAAAGGUUGAUUACUUCAUUUUACAGUGAGUGUUCUUCAGGUCCACAAGCCAGCACUGAUGGUACCACAUGUUACCUAAAUAUCUCCCCUCAGUGCAAGUUGAACCUGCUGUAAUUGUGAUAGUGGUUUUGCCAUCAGUUCCAAAAGAUGGGUUGAAUCCUUGCUGAAACACGACUCAUCCAAACGUCCCACAGCUCAUGAAUUAGAAACUGCGUAAGUGGAGCUUUUCCAAUUGCAAUGCUUUGUUAAACAAUGCAAGGAAAAUCACCGGAAAUGGCUUGAAUGUUUGUAAUGUUUGUAUGCAACGCGGCGAGGAAUAAAUACAAAUAGCUAUUGACCAUAGCAAUUGUGAAUAAGAUAAUAUUUGAGCUAUUCGACAUUCACAGCGAGCUUCGGCAUCUUUGCUCAUACGUAAGGUUGUGAGCUUUGCUUUUCUAAAUGUGCCCUGCUCCUAUUUCUCCCACUGCAUCAUUAUGUUGACUGGAUUUAGCACAUGUGAGGCAGAGACCAGACUCAUAUCUCAGGUUUUUUGAUAGUCUUUUGAUGUUAAGCAACAACCCUCCCGUUCAGUUCCCUGUCGUCUUGAUUUAGUCUGCUGAAGCUUUGUGGUUAAGGAAAAGUAGUUGAGACCAAAAAGUACAUUUCAGUGUGUUAGAAUAUUUGGAGACAUGUUGAGUCGCUGCAGCCGUACCCAACAACAGGUGACACUUCCAGCACGACGUAGAAAAGAAGAAAAAAGGUUAUGGCUCUAAAUGAAGUGUUUCAUUGUGUCAGUGGGACUUGGUGUUCCUGAGCAUGGCGGUUUAGAACUUGAUGGCUUCACACAUUCUCACUGCUUUUGGUGUGCGCUUGGAGCAGUUAUGCACAAGGAAUUUUAUUUUACUUGUAGGAGUCAACCGUUUCUGUGCAAUGUUGAUAACUGAGGACCCUGGGCUGAAAACAUUCUGAUAGAAACAACAAACUUCAGAUAAUUAUAUUUCUCAUUAAAAAAAGGAAAUGUUUUUUUUGUGCUAAACCUCUAAAACGUCUGGUUAGUCCCGUUCAUUCUCUCUCGUGAGGCUCUACAUUUACUUUCCUUUGUCGGCUGCUUCCUGUCACUGUCUCUGUACCCACUCUGCCUGUGUUUCUCCUUUGAUCGACAGCAGCAACUCUCAGACUAGUGCUACACGUCUGGUUUCAGAAGCUACUAGACAA